UUGGGCGAUUUUCGAGCGAUUUUCGACCAGUUCUUCACCUCUUCUUCUUCUCUUCGUUUCUGACUUGGGUGGUGCUUCGAUUUGAAGAGAUUUCAUUUGGAUUUGAAAGGUCUGUUUCCCCUCUUUUCUUCAAAAUCUUGACUUUUGGCAACCUGUGACUGUGCAUGCAGCAUUUCAGUUGUAUUUGUCCUAUUUUUUGUCGAUUUCAUGUUCAAAAUCUUAACCUUCCUCUUGGAUUUCAAUGUAGAUCACAUACUCAUCAUGUCGCCACGUAGAGCUCGAGGGAAGGGAAUCCGACCGACUGUUCAGAGCCCUGAGGAGGCUGCCCCUGCUGCACCCUCACGUGGAGAGAGUCAAGAAGAGGGAGAAUAUCGAGUUGGAGCUGCUUCUCCUGGAGGUAUGGAGACUGAGGAGACCAGCUUCGUCCAGCAAAUGCAAGAUGUUCUGAAAGAAGGACCAGCUGACGUUCCACCCACUCCUGACGUUGAUCCAUCAGCUGCGGACACAGGUACUGAUCUUUCUCCUCUCGGAAGAGAAAUCCGAGAAAUGAAUGAGUCGGACCGUGUGCCUCCUCUAAUGACCUGUGCGCUUUCUCUCCUUUUAGUCAAAUUAAAAGAAGCAGGUACCAGUAGUGGAGCUCUCGAAUCAGCCCCGACCAACGAAGGUAAAAUUAAUUGUCUUUUUGAGCAAAUUCGUCUAAAUUUAUGUGUCAUUUACGACUCAACACAUUUUGUAGAUGUCACAAUGCACGAAUCUGUUGGAGGAGAGACCACGCAUACAACAGAGGUCGAGGAAUUCAAUGAACAUCACCUCGAUUUCAAUCUCUCUGAAGGCGACCAUGAGUAUAUCUCCGACUUACUAUCGGGGAAAACUCCUGGUGCAGCCACGGAAUCCAACGUUGGAGUCGGUCCAACAGAAGCAGGUCCUUCUGAAAGUAAGACCUUUAUUCUGUAAACUCCAUA